CCCUUGCUCCAACCGUUCUGCGUAUUCUCCGCGCCCUUGCUCUGUCCACGAAGUUUUUUUUUCUAGUGCUGCUUUUGCUGUCUUUUACCCUCUGGUAUUCCUACUGCUCAGGCUUUAGACAGGCAACCAAACGAUAAAUUCUUCAAAAUGAGCAACCCAAAGACCGUAGUAAUUCUUGGCGGCUCCUACGCGGGUGUGUUGGCAGCACACACGCUGCUGAAAAAGCAUAAAACAUGCAAAGUCGUCUUGGUUUCCAAGAACAGCCACUUCUACUGGAAUAUUGCUUCAGUGCGCGCCAUCAUCCCUGGCGUCAUCCAGGAUGAGCAGAUCCUGCAGCCCCUAAGCAAGGCCCUCUCGCACUACCCCGAGGAGCGCUGGGAGCUGAUCGUCGGCGGCGCCGAGGCCUCCGACUUUGCCGCAAAGACCGUCACCAUCGCGCCCGGCGACGGCGGGGCCAGCCGCACGCUGACGUACGACCACCUCGUGCUGGCCACGGGCGCCAACACGGCCGGCGACCAGAUCGUACCGUGGAAGGCGCACGGCACCUACGAGGAGCUGGUCCAGGGCCUGCGCGACACGGCCGAGAGCGUUAAGAAUGCCUCGUCCGUCGUCGUCGCCGGCGGCGGCUCCACGGGAGUCGAGCUCGCCGGCGAGAUCGGCUACGAGUACGGCAAGACCAAGGAGGUCUGGCUGGUCACGGGCGAUAAGGAGCUGCUCGCCGGCGACAUCACCGCCUCCUCGGCCCUCUCCGAGCUCACCAAGCUCAAUGUCAAGGUCCGCUUCGAGUCUCGCGUUCAGUCCACCGAGAAGACCGAGGACGGCAAGAUCAAGGUCACCUUCGUCGGCGGCGGCGAACCCAUUGUGACGGACGUGUACCUGCCGACCAUGGGCCUGAUCCCCAACACCCAGUACAUCGAUCCCAAGUUCCUAAAUGAGAGAAAGUACGUCGCCGUGGACGAGUUCUACCGCGUCAAGGGCGGCGGUGCCGAGGGGGUUUGGGCUGCCGGAGAUAUCGUAUCUUCGCCCAGGGCUAGUUUCCUGGUCACAGAGAAACAGGCGGCCGGCGUUGCCAACAACAUCCUCAACGCCCUUGCAGGCUCGCCUCCUGCUGUUGUGAAACUGAUGCCAGUCGACAUCUUCGCCAUGUCGGUCGGCCGUGACCGGGGUGUUGGCCGGAUGGGCCCCAUCAAGAUGCUCUCCUUCAUGGUCUGGCUGGCCAAGGGCAGGACUUUGGCCCUGCCCAAAAUGGCGGGCUACAUGGAAGGAAGCGUCGCAUAGAGUUCGGUCGACUGGUGACGAGAGACAGAACGCGUGGUGUACGAGUAGAAUCAUGUAGAUACUUGAGGAGAGCGAAUCCCUGCGCAGAUGGAUACGAUAUUACCCUAAUAAAUUAUACACCCAUAACAGGACAGAACCGUCUGCAUUCGAAGCCGAGCCAUGCAA